UAAUGCUUUUCUGGAUUAUUUGUUUGUUCGUGUCUCUUGUUCUGGGUGUUCCUAGUAGCUUUAAAGAUUUGCCAAGAUUGUGGAGCAGCAGAACGCUGUAUUGUGGAAGGGACAGCUUGCAGUUCACCUUACCUGCAAACCAUUCAGAGAUAAUUCACUUUCUUACUGUUCUAGAUUCAGAAGGCCAGUCCCAUCCUCUUGACAGAUCUGCUUGUGUCUCCAUCUCUCAGAAACCAGAAGGCUCUACAGUGGUCAUUGUUCCUUAUACUGGAUGCUUCUUUAUCAAAAAGAACAGCUACUUCUUAAUGACUCUCAGGAUUGAAGGACUGGAAGCGGUUAGUAAAGUGCUUCUUUAUGAAGAGGACCUGAAAUGCCCAACCCAUUUGCCAGCUUUAGAUGUUCCAAGAAGCAGCGUAUGCCAGGGAGUGCAGAGACAAGACCGCCUUCCUUGUGCCUCUGAACAUGUGUCCCAGGGAGAAUGUGAAGAGAGAGGCUGCUGUUAUACCACUGAAGAUCAUCGUGUUCCUUGUUACUAUGGCAAUACAGUGACUACACACUGCACUCCAGAUGGCUACUUCUCGAUUGCAGUGUCCAGGGAUGUGACUCUGCCGUCAUUAAUUCUGGACUCUGUGCAUCUUGUCAGUGGAUAUGGCAGUGGUUGUGUUCCUGUGACAAAGAACGGUGCCUUUGUCCUUUACAAAUUCCCGCUUUCUUCCUGCGGAACUACUUUUCUGGGAGCAGGCGAUCAGGGCAUAUAUGCAAAUGAGCUGGUAGCACACCAUGAUGUCAAAAACUGGAACACUGGAUCACUCAUGCAAGAUAGCACCUUCAGACUGCAUGUCAGCUGCAGGUACUCAACAGGGAGCUUCCUCCCACUUAUGGUACAAGUCCUCACCCUGCCGCCUCCACCGUCAAUCACUCAGUUUGGCCCACUCAGCCUCGAGCUUAGAAUUGCUACUAACCAACAGUACAGCAAAUACUAUGCUAAUGGGGACUACCCUGUAGUCAAGCUCCUGAGGGAUUCUGUUUUCCUGGAAGUACGGAUCCUGCAGCGGACAGACCCAGACCUUGUUUUGGUUCUUCAUGAGUGCUGGGCCACACCAAGUACUAACCCCCUGCAGAGGCCUCAGUGGCCCAUCUUAAUGAACAGGUGUCCAUAUGAAGGAGACAACUACCAGACUUGGUUCAUCCUCGUGGGAGCAGUUUCAGGGCUACAGUUUCCAUCUCACUACCAACGCUUUGUCAUCAGCACUUUCAGCACUGCUUCCCGGCAGGCACUUACUGGACCAGUUUACUUCCACUGCAGCGCUGCUGCUUGUGUCCCAUCCGCAGUGGAAUCCUGCGUGGCUCACUGUCCUAGGAUCAGAGCCAGGAGAUCGCUUGAGAACCAAGCCCUACAGGACACUCCAAGGAGCCUAGUGAUGGCAGAAGGACCUGUAGACUUCCAGAUGGAGAAAGAACAGGACAACGUUGAACAGAAAGGUUCCUAUUGGAGUAGUCCAGUCUUGUCAAAAGAAUGGGAGAGAGCCCUUGUAGUUGCAGUAGGAGCUGUUUUUGUUGCUUUGUCCCUUGUAGGAUUAAGGAAAUACUCGAAAAGGACCAAAAUGUGAAUGGACGAAUGUUUUUUGUUUUGUUUUUGUUUUAAAUAAAGAAGUGGUGAAUGA